UGUUUUAAGUUUUAACCUAAAUAGAAGAACAAAGCCAAAGAGGCGUCGAGCAUGGAGAAGAAGCAGAAGAGCAUUCACGACAUCCUCCCUCAUGACCUGAUUCACACAAUCUUUCUGAGAGUGCCGGCCAAACAUCUCGUUCGCCUCAAGUGCGUUUCGAAGCUCUGGUAUUCUCUUAUUUCCGAUCCACAUUUUGCGGAAUUGCAUUUUCAGUACUCUCCCGCAGCCACCAAAGCAUUCAUCUUCACAAUAAACUACACUCAGGCUUACUGGGCACUAUUUAUUGACGACAAUGAUGCAUCGCGCAUAAAAAAGGUGUAUCCCCCUUUCAAGAAUAAAAACUUAGUUUGUGAUUUUAAGGUCCUGGGAUCGUGCAGAGGCUAUGUUCUCUUACAUGGAAACCUAAAUUUUCUUGUGGUAUGGAACCCACUGACUGGAUCCAAUAAAAGACUAUCCUACUCUCAUAUUGGUUCUCGUCGUAAGCACAAGGGCGUUAGCCUUCCCAAGAAGUUCCAUCUCUAUGGAUUUGGUUAUGAUGUUUCACGGGAUGACUACUUAGUUGUUAUAGCUUGGCAGGAUAAGGAUGACCAUUAUCACUUUGAUUGCUUUUCCUUGAGAACCAAUUCAUGGAUUAAUCUUGAUGCUGCACUCCCCAAAUCAUCGGGUCUUAUGGAGUGGCAACCUCAUGGAUUGCUCUUGAAUGGUGCUAUUCAUUGGCUGCCUUCGUCUCUUAAAUCUUACAGGGAUGCUAUUCUUAUCUUUGAUCUGAAGGAGAGGACUUUCUCAAUGAUAUCUGCCCCGGAACAACCUGCAAUGAGUGAAUGCUACUAUUCAAGUCUCGCCUUACUAGGAGGCUGCCUAGCCUUGUAUUAUCUCAAUAAGUAUUAUCUCAAUAAUGAUAGCUACUGCUAUAACACUCACAUAUGGGUGAUGAAAGAAUAUAAAGUGCAUUCAUCUUGGACUCUCUAUCAGAUUCCUUGUGGAAACUUCCAGCCUUUGUGCUUAUCCAGUAAUGGUGAUAUUAUUGGAACAGCUUCUAUUUUCUCUCGUAAAGUAGGGUGCUUCAUAUAUAAUGUCAGAGGAGACCUCCUCGAGCAUAUUAAAAAACUUCCUUGUCAGUUUCCCUUCCGUGAAACCUCUACUGUGUAUACAGAGAGUCUCUUGCCACUCCCUACUGACAUUAAGGAUAAGGAUAAUCGCCCAUCAGAAUCAGAAAGAUGUCAAACAAGGAAAGAGAAUUUGGAGAGAUUGACUGAACAACCGAGACACUUAAUUCUAUUGUAAAUAAAGGGUAGGAUUGGCAAGUUGAAGUGGAAGAAGUUUCUAGAGAAUUUUAUUUUAUUUUCCGUUUGCUUUUAAAGUAUGAUUUUCCUUCCAACAAUGAAUGUGAAAAACUGGAACAUUUGAAAGUGCAAAUUGAAUUUCCUCUAGAUAAAUCCAAUAUCUUUUUCGUAUUAAAUGUAAUAAUAGAAUCUCUUAUAUGAGUUUAUCUAAUAUGUGCCCUUCCUUAGAGCCCAUGUUAAAGUUACUAAUUAAGAAAGUUAUUAUAGAAUAAUGUAACCUAUAUCCUAAAGGGACACAUGUUAGCUAAACCCCUCUUAUAUUAUCUGCCUUAUCUUUAUUCAAUAUUUCCUUGGUUACAUUAUCAUGUUUACACAAAAUAUCACACAUCAGUAUGAGAUUUAACAUGUAAACUAAUUGUUAAUUCGUCAGUUCAGUUUGGUCUUUAGUAGCAAGUAUUUCAUUAUUUUGUUUGUUGGGAUUACAGUUGGUAUAUUCGUGUUUGCCACUUGAAUCCUUCAUUGUUCAUAUAGCAUGUGCUCGCAAGUCUUUCUUUUAUGGUAGGUUAAGUGAACCACGUUAAGUUUCUUAUUUUUUACCUUUUUUUUUUUGUUGUAUCUGGUAAUGAAACCCUGUAGCAUGUUGAUACAAUUGCCAUAGUGGAGUAAAUUUUACAAUUUUACUUAUGGCUUUCAGCUUGAUUUUAUUCACGUACUUCCUAGUUUUAGGAUUAGCUUUUAGAUAUAUUUUUAAGCUGGGAUAUGGACAGUGAGAACAGUCUUGUGUUUCUGUGCCCUGUUUUUCUUAGACCUCUAUAAAAAUAUCAUAGCAAAUGAAGACUUAACUUGCUAGCUUCCAUUUUCUUUUAACCCCCUUUCUGGAUGUGUAAUAAAACAUGGAAGCUCUUGCACUCUGAAAAAAAGGGGAUGGCUGAGAUUCAUGAGUAGAACUAGAUACAAAUAAAUGUUUUAGACCGAAAUGUUAAAUAUACCUUUCUUAAUAGUAGAGAUAGUUUUAUAUUUGAUUCUUCAAUUUU